UGCUUUUUCCUACAAUUCACCACAAUCGAUGUUCCUCUUUCACUUUUACGACGGCUUUAUAGUCCUGAUACGCCGCUGCUCAAACACACAGACGGGAGUCGGCAGCAGCAGCAGCACUUCUUUAUCUCUGAACUUUGACGUGCAGAAUUAUAUACCUGAGCAGAGCAAAUAAAUAACAGAAGAGAGUAGGCGUCGGCGAUAUCUUGCAAACGAGGGUUCACUGCUCCAUUUAGAAAGCUUUUUCACUCAGUAAUAUUGUUUUCCGCCGGAAGCACUAAUGGCUGCGAUUGCUGGCAGAGUGUGUGUCACUGUGGUUCUGCUCGUGUGUGUUCUUGGAGGCCAAGCACUGGACCUGCUGAUGGGGACUACAACAUCAGGGAAUUCUCCCUCCACUCCCACAGUGCGCUGCCGGUGUGCGAGCUACCCCAACGUGACUCUUUGCUCCUGGCCUGAACCCCCCCAUCACCCACCAACUCACUACGUUGCCACCUACAGUGAGAGACACAGACAGUCGGUCACCAAGCACUGCCAUCUCGUCCAACCCGGCUCUUCGUCCUCUGAUGUGAUUUCAGCAUCGUCAUCCUCAUCUGAUCGGCUCUGGCACUGCCACAUGCCCAGCCUGAAGCUGCUCACUGACUACAUCAUCAACGUCACCGCAGUGUAUUCUGGGAGCAGCAGCUUCCAUCUUUCAAGCUUCAUGUUGGAGGAUAUAGUGAAACCGGACCCCCCUGUAGACGUCACGGUUUCCCCUCGUGACUCCAAACGCUUGUUGGUGCAGUGGUCUCCUCCCCCUACCUGGUCUCACCUGGACAUCUUCCCUCUGAAAUACCAGAUCAAGUACCAGCGGGAAAGCAGGGGCAUCCCACGGUCGUACAAUCUGGGUCCGAUUGAGAGCAACUGGGUGGUGCUGAAGCUGAAACCUGGAGCCUACCUGUUCCAGGUGUGUGCCAAAGAGCUGCUCAAUCUGGGCGAGUGCAGCGACUGGAGCUCACCUGUAAAGAUCGCCAUACCAAGAACUAGAUAAUAGAGACUCCUUCUCACUUCCUGUUCUGUUAAACACUCUCCUUUCAAGCUAUGAGUGAAGUUAAGCUGACAAACUCUAGACAGGGUGCAUCCAAUGCAAAUUCAAAAGUUAUUUAUAUUUUGUUUUAUUUAUAAAUGAAUAAAUGGACAUACUUUCCA